AUGCCACACGCAACCCUCACGCGCGAGUCUGUCGCUUCGCAUAACACGCCCGAAGACCUAUGGUGCAUUAUCGAUCACAAAGUCUACGAUCUUAGUGAUUUCGUCGACGCGCAUCCCGGUGGUUCGGUUGUCCUAGAGCAAGUAGCCGGUCAGGAUGCGACAACUGCCUUUUACAACCUCCACCGACAAGAGGUCUUGGAAAAAUACAGCGAGCUAUGCAUCGGUACAAUUGAGGGAGAGAAGUCGGAAGUCAUCAUCCCGCAGCCGGGUGACUUGAGCCCAGUUCCAUACGCGGAACCAUUGUGGCUGCGACCGCAGUUCAAGAGUCCUUACUUCAAAGACAGCCACCGGGCAUUGCAGAAGGAGAUUCGCAAGUUUGUGGACACACACAUCACACCCGAGGCCCAACAAAAGGAGAAGGAUGGCACAUACAUUAGCCAAGAGCUGAUUGACAAGAUGGCCGAGAACGACAUGCUAGCCAUGCGUCUUGGGCCAGGCAAGCACCUUCAUGGCAAGAACUUGAUGGGUGUCGUCAAGGGUGAGGAAUUUGAUUACCUCCACGAUCUUGUACAGGCGCAGGAAGGCGUUCGUGCCAACGCUCGUGGGUUCCAAGACGGCAACAUGGCAGGCAUGAUGAUCAGUCUGACUGCUGUCUUGCAGUGGAUGCCGGAGUCUGAGCAUAAGACACGAGUAGUCAAUGAGGUGUUGACUGGCAAGAAGAAGAUGUGCCUGGCAAUCACCGAGGCCUUUGCAGGGUCCGAUGUAGCUGGUAUUAGGACCACUGCGACAUUGUCACCAGACGGCAAGCACUAUAUCGUCCGGGGCACCAAAAAGUGGAUCACUAACGGCAUGUUCUGCGACUACUUCGUCACCGGAUGCAAGACUGACAAGGGCUUCUCUGUCCUACUGAUCGAACGCGACGAAGCCGUCGAGACCAAACUGAUCAAGACGAGCUACUCGACAACAGCCGGUACCGCAUUCGUAGAGUUCAACGAUGCGAAAGUACCAGUACAUCACCUACUAGGCGAAGAACACAAGGGUUUCAUCGUAAUCAUGUCGAACUUUAAUCACGAGCGGUUUGUAAUGAGUUGUGCCGUGAUCCGACAAUCACGAACAAUCGUCGAGGAGUGUCUUAAGUGGUGCAACCAGAGGAUAGUCUUUGGCAAAAAGCUGAUUGAGCAGCCAGCCAUCCGUCAGAAGCUUGCAAAGAUGAUCUCACACGUCGAGGCCAAUCAGGCCUGGCUCGAGUCAAUUGCCUUCCAGAUGACACACAUGUCGUACGCUCAACAAUCAAAACUGCUGGGCGGACCUAUCGGUCUGUUGAAGUCAUUCGCCACUCGGUCGGCGCACGAGAUUGCGGAUGAGGCGGUCAAUAUCUUUGGUGGCAGAGGACUGACACAGGGUGGAAUGGGUCGGGUGAUUGAGCAGUUCCAUCGCACAUACAAGUUCGAUGCCAUCCUUGGAGGUACGGAGGAGAUACUGGGUGAUCUGGGCGUCAGACAAGCAAUGAAGAACUUCCCGAAGAGCAUGUUGUAG